AUGCCAAAGCUUGCCCCACGUGUUGACGCGCGCGCGGACGCAACGCGCGCGGACGCGCUGACGCUUGCCGUCGAUCUGCACCCCCCCGGCCCUCACCGUCGCAAGUUGGGCGACAGCGCGGCCGUCGGUCAGCUCGGCACGCUGGUGUCCGGGCUGCCGAGCAGCGCCGCGCUGGCGCUGCCGGACUCGGAGGCGCGCCGCCUGCUCACGCUGCCCGGGAUGCAGGACCCCGCCGUCGGCAGCGCCAUGCCGCCCUCGGUCGCCGCCGCCAUCGUGGAGAAGGCGGUGAGGGCCUCGGCAGACCCGGUGGUGCUUGUGCAGGACACGCCGGGCUGGCUGGUGUGGGCCCUGCCCCUCGACACGAUCCGGGCCCUGCCCUCGUCCGUGCCCCUGGGUCAGAUCAACUCGAAGGAGUGGACGGAGACACAGUCGAUGAUUAUUUUUAAAAGUAUGAAACGAGGCUACACGUGGACUGAGACCGGAAGGCAGUUCGGUAGCCUCCUGAGGGGCUUCACGUGCAAUCAGCUGUCCGGGCAGGUGGACGCGCGCGACUUCGCCAUCGCUGCCAACGGCAGCGAGGGUCACAUGACCCGCUCCCAGCUCAAGUGCAUGGCGGAGGCGGUGGCGCCGGGCCCGGGGACACUGAGCGAGACCGACGCCCUGCUGAUGCCCGGCGGCGUCCUCGCCUACAUCGAGCCGGACGAGAUGAAGAGGAUGCCUCAGUGCCGGGAGGUGCUGAGACGCGUGGGGGCCUCAAACCCCGAGACCUUCCCUCCCAACCACAGUCGCCCAAAACGGCUCCUCAACGCCACCUUGCACUGCCUCGGCAGGAGCGAGGCUCUGAGGGCGGAGGACGUGGCCGUGCUGGGCUGGAUGUCGUGCGGCCUCUCGGUGUCUCAGCUUCAGGGCGCCGACUCGUCCGUGCUGGAGGGAGUGAGCGCAUGCGGCCACUAUUCGAGCGAGCAAGUCGUCGCGCUCCCGCCGCUCCUCACGCGGCGCUACGGGUACGCGAUCGGGUGGAGCGGGAAGACUGUGAAGGGCCUGAGCGACCUCCUCACCGUCCUCAAGAUGAGCAUGCUCGACUCGGUGCCCACGGACGUGAUACGGGAGGGAACCCAAGACCUGCUGCUCAGGGACGUGCAGGAGAAACGCUUGAAAACCCAGGUGCGGCUGCGCAGGGGGCGCAGCGUGGAGGACCUGGGGGUCCGCCUCGUCAAGAGGCCCAUCAAAGCCAGAGGUGAGCGACCCUUCCGCCACAUUUCAGCCUGCUGGGCUCUCGAUCGUGCUGGUGCCUUCACCGACGAUGAGCCCCCGCGCACCUGCAUCGUCCGUCGUCGUAAACAUCAGCAGGAUCUUUUCAGGGCAAUCAAGCAUCUCCCGUGCUCGUCACGGCUCAUGCGCCCUCUUCGACGCGCCGCGUGCACGGACACGCCGUACACGCGCGCCGACCUCGUGGAUCUGGGUUACGGGCUGCCCUGGCUGCCGCUCACCGACCUCGUCGACUGCAUCAUGCCAGCCACCAUCGCCGACACCCUGGACAUGCUGGGCGCCGCCGACUUCUCCGCCGACAAGCUCCAGGCCCUCAAGACGGCCCUGGGGGCGCCCAGCACCAACGUGGACGCCGUGGGGCUGCGCCGCUUGGCCCUGGCGCUGAACUCUAGCGAGCUGCGGGCCCUCGACCUCACCCAGCUCGACCUCGUGUCUGUGCUCGCCACCAUCCCCGGCUGGAGCCAGGGCCAGCUGGCGGUCGUGGCCGAGGGUUUCCUGGCUGGACGCCCAGUGUCCUCGCUCACUGCCCACGAGAUCUCCUCCCUGGGGAUAUUCUUGGCAGGAAUUCCGGACCUCUCGGGCAUCAAACAAGACGCCUACAAGCUGGCGGCGGAGAGCGUGGGCAACGUGGACACCUUCAGCCCCGCGCAGUUGCAGGCCCUCUUCUCCGUGGCGAAAACCGUCUGGGGCUCGAACCUCACGGCUUGGACCCCCGAAACGAUCAACCAGGCCGGAUGCCUGCUCGCUGCAGCAUCUGUGGACGAGUGGAAUUCCCUGCAAAGCGAUGUAGUCGGCGUCAUCAAACCUGUGGUCCUCCUCCUCACCCCGCCGAGCACGCUCGUGGUGGGAUACGCGCUCACGCUCGCACGCUCACGCUCGCACGCUCACCAUCACGCGCUCACGCUCGCACGCUCACGCUCGCACGCUCACCAUCGCACGCUCACCAUUGCACUCAGCCCGGCCGUGCUGUCAUCUCUGCGCGUGGAGAGCGUCGCCACCAUCACGGACGAGCUGCUUAAACUACUCAAUCAGUCGCAGCUCAACUCAGUCUCAAGAAUGGAGACAGACCACGUUCUUGAUGUAGAGGAUGAGGUCGAGGAUGCCAGCAACGGUAUUUCCGGGGUCGCCGCGAACAGCAAUCGAAAGAGGCAGCGGGGGGCGUUCCCGUGGGAGCACACGCACGACUGGAUGGAGGGUGAUCCCCGUGUGCAGCAAGCAAAACGGCAGUGCGUGCACUGCUGCGAGUGGUUUUCCUCCCACACGAACGCGUCGGGGUGCAAAGCCCACCUCAAGAAGCACAAAAUGCUCGCCCCAGGCAGCGAGGUCGGGACGUCGGCGUAG